AUGUCUUCAGACGCUCCAACCAUCAAGCUAUUGCUUAUAGGUCCGAGCAACUCGGGAAAGACGGCGCUGUUGCUCCGAUAUGUCGACGAUAUAUUCGAUACCGACACUGCAACAGCCACGAUAGGCGUUGAUUUUAAGGUCAAGAGGGUUUCGGUCAAGGGAAAACCACAUAGAUUGCUUCUAUUCGACACUGCAGGUCAAGAGCGUUUCCGUACCUUGACAAGUUCCUAUUACCGCAAUGCGCAAGGCGUAAUAUUGGUAUAUGAUGUGUCCAAUCGGGAGAGCUUCCUGUCGAUGGAUCAUUGGUUUGGAGAGGCAGAGACAUAUGCUUCGCCAGGCGUCAUAAAAUGCUUGGUCGGGUCUAAAAUUGACCGAACAGGCUCGAGAGCUGUCAGGCGCGAGGAAGGCGAAGCCUUAGCCAAAAAGUAUGGUGCAACUUUCUAUGAGUCGUCAUCAAAGACACGCGAGAACAUUCGGGAGCCAUUCAUCACUACGGUUGAUAGGAUUGUCGAGACACCACAUUUGAUGGACCCGGCGCUUAUGGGCAAGAAGGACGGGACUGUUGCUUUGGGACAUAAUAGAAAUGAGCCAGAGGUUGUUGAUACCGGUUGUGCUUGUUAA